GUCAAGUAUAAACUUCACAAUUAGUAUAUCACAGGUUACCUUGGUAGAAAACAAUGAGUUACACUGCGGAAAUAACUUAAAUUGUUUUUAAAUAUUCAUAAAAUUGUAAGCAGGGAAGAUGGAACAAGGAUUGUUUUUUGCUGGGAAUCGUUAUGGCGUUGUUCCAGAUAAAACGAAAGACAUAUAUUGGAAAAGGAAACUAGAAAUCAUUAAAAACAUGAAAACAUCCGUUAAAGAUAACAAGAAGAUUUUGAAUAUUGCAGUAUUAGGUGUUGCUGGUUGUGGAAAAAGUUCGUUCGUUAACACAGCAAUAACAAGCCUCAGAGAAGAUAAAUGGAGAUUGUAUUCAAAAGCUCGAAAAAACAGCUCGGAUGAGAGCAACAGCUCGGAUGAGAGCAGUAUUACACAACCUUUUACAAGUUUCAAGGCUUCUAAUUAUUUCAAAGAAGAACCUAAUGUAUGGUUUCCAACAUUUAUCGAUGUCAAUGGUUUGGAAAAUGAUAAUGGUGACUUCAACAAGGCGUUGUUGAGAGCAUUAUUUGACGGCAAAAUUAGAGAGGGAGAAGAUCUUAAUCGGCUUUAUGACUUGUUUAAGGGCAAUACAGAUAAUAAUCGUCAUAGUUGUUUUGAAAAUGAAAUUUCCAAACGUUCGGAAUAUCUAAAAAUAGAUCGAAUUAUUGUUGUAACAUCAGGAGACCCCAGUGCACCUUUACCAACACAUUUAUUUAGAUGCAUAAGGACAGUGGCAAACUAUGUUAGAGAAAUUCCAAUAUUUGGAGUGAUGACAAAGAAAGAUAGGUUCAAAGAAGAUACGGAAAUCCUUAGAAGAAUUGAUGAUUUUCUGUGUCAUUUGGGAAUAACCAUGGAUAGUUUCAAAUGGAUAGCAAACUAUUGCCCUGAUAUUAAGAGAGUAUUUCAAAUGAACUAUCAUUUGACAGUAUUUCCAUACAUUGAUGUCCCCGUAUUGUGUUUCCUUACGCAGGUGAUCAGUCCGAAAAUGAGAACUUACGAUCAUCCACCAUCUCCAUUGGAAGACUCAGUCUGGCUUCGUUUACUCAAAACAAUCAUCAUUAACGUACCAUAUUAUGUCGGUUGGUUCUUUUGUCUGAUAUUCUUGUUGAUCAUGUACUAUAUGAUAUGUGAUUGCUUUGGUAGUUUUUUAUCACCAAAAAAAUGAUCUCUGUGCUGAGUAUGAGACACAAAUCGAAGGUUAUAACUUUACAUUGUCAACUGUCAACUAUGUUUAAAAUGAAACCAGUGUCUUCGAAGUCAUACUCUGUAUAAUUUUUCCAAUAUAUUUUUCCCUUUUCUUAUUUCAUAUUGUGAGAAAGUUAUGCACAAUGAGUUUACAUAAAUGUUUAUUAUUUCGAAAGUCUAUUUCCUAGACGUAUUUAUAUCUAUAUUUAAAAACCUAAUUAUACAUUGGCUACUGCUAUGGUAAAAACAAAGGGUCUGUUUCUGUGACAUUAUUUGUAUAUGAUAACAAGCAAGUGCGUUACUACAAGGUAUUUAAAUUAUUUCUCAGAAAUAAAUGGACAAAACAUUUAA